AUGGCCGCCGACUACCCCAUUGUCGACUCCCACAUACACCUCUACCCGGAGUCGGAGCUGGAGACGCUCGCCUGGGCGACCCCAGGUGACCCCCUCGUGACGCAACGCUCCGUCUCCGACUACGUCGCCGCCACCGGCUCGCCGGCCAACCUCAAGGGCUUCAUCUUCCUCGAGACGGACCGCAAGCACGACCUCGAGGCGGGCGCCCGCGACGGCUCGGGGUGGGAGUUCCCCCUUAUGGAGGUCGCCUGGCUGCGCCGCAUCGCCGAGGGCAAGCCCCGCGACGGCGAGGGCCACACGCCCGACCAGGCCAGCCUGUGCCUCGGCAUCGUCCCCUGGGCCCCGCUGCCCUCGGGCGCCGCCGCCAUGGAGAGGUACCUCGACCGCGUCAAGGAGGUCGCGGGCGAGGCCGUCUGGCCCAAGAUCAGGGGUUUCCGAUACCUUCUUCAGAGCAAGCCCCACGGCACCGGCCUGACGGACGACUUCAUCGCCGGCCUGAAGCUCCUGGGUAAGCGCGGGUUCGUCUUCGACCUGGGCGUCGACCAGCACCGCCGCGGCAACAAGCAACUCGAUGAUACGUUGGAAAUCAUCUCUCGUGCUCACGAGGGUGUCCCCGAGGAGGAGAAGGUCACAUUUGUCAUCAACCACCUGUGCAAACCCGACCUCGGCAUCAUCAACACCACCGACCCCUCCUUCGUCCACUGGCGCACCGCCGUCUACGCGCUCUCAAAGUGCUCCAACACCUACAUCAAGCUCUCGGGCGGCUUCUCCGAGAUGCCCGAUUCCCUCAAGAGCCAGGACCCCAACGCCAUCUUCGAGGCCAUCUUCCCCUGGCUCGGCGUCGUCCUCGCCACCUUCGGCACCCGCCGCACAAUGUUCGGCAGCGACUGGCCCGUCUGCACCGUCGGCGUCGAAGAGGCCUGGCGCAAGUGGAAGCUCCUGGUCGAGCGCACGUGCUACAUGGCCACCCUCGAGCCUGAGGACCAGGCCGCCCUGUUUGGCGGCACCGCGCUCAAGGCGUACGGCAUCAAGGACGUUUGA